CGGCAGCCUGCCCGGCCCAGGGCACCUCCAGCCAGGACCCUUGCCAGCGGCCUGCAGCCCCAGCACCCUGCACCCCGGCCUGUGAUCCACAAGCCGCCCCAGGCCCUGCAGCCACAGAGGGGCGCCAGUCUGCCCCCUGCCGCGGGUCAGCCUCUCCGGGGUGGUCCCCGUCGACACUUGGGCCCCCCAAGGCCCAGAGCCCAGCUCCUGCGGGUGGGCUGUGUGCUGAGCACCUGCCAGGUGCAGAACCUCAGCCAUCGUCUGUGGCAGCUGGUGGCAUCGGCCGGCCCCCGGGACCCGGCCCCCAUGGACCUCAGCAGCCCCCACAGCUAUGGCUGAGGUGGGGCAGGCCAUGCCCUAGCCAGAUGCUGUACCCCAACCCCAGAGCGGCAGCUCAGCCCAGCCCCAGUCCAGCCCCCAGGGCUCCC